UCUCUUUGUUUGUUCUUCCUCACUCUCACCAUAUCUUUCAGAUUCCCCAGAUUUGCUUGAAAAUUGCAGAAUUACAUAAAUCCCUUAUCCGAAAUUUUAUUAGCCUCAUAAAUUUUCUUGAAAAUUCCCUGUGAAAAUUGUGUUUCCCAGGUGACAGAAUUUAUCCCAUUAUCUACAUUUCUUGCUGCUCGAAUGUGUAAAUACGUACACUUCCCAUUUCACUGAGAAGUCUAUCCACACAUAUGAUAUACAUAUAUUUUGCAUGUAUUUGUACAUAUAUACGGUUGCAGACAGCACGCGUAGACAAGACAUCAAGAGUUGACUAUGUUUCUAUGAUUUCCUUCAAGAAUUCCACCUGCCCAUUGAGUUGAUGCGGUUCUUAUUUGGUUUUGAUGGGUGUGGGAAUUCUUGAUGUUAUAUUGAUUGGCGGGGCAAUUAAAGGCUGAUUUUGUGUUUUCUGUGGGAUAUAGUUCUUGGGUUUGGAAUUAAUUUGUGUUUUGGAAAAUUGGGAUAUUCGUAUGAGUUGUGAUUGAGCUAGGGUUUUGAGUGAUGGUGGUGUCAGGGAAUGACCCUUUGGAAUCGUUUUUGAAUUCGAUUCAGGUGGUUAAGAAUGCGUUUUCGCCUCUAGAAUCGAAUUUUCGGAAAGUUGCCAAGAAUUUCGAGCAUUGCUUUAAUGGGCCUUCGAAGUAUGCGAACUUGAAUGGUAGUGUUAACGAUCGUAAUAAUGAGGUGGUCGCAGCUCAGUUGGAUUUGAAGAAGAAGAGUGGUCAACAUGUUGUCAGUGGCAAUGAUCGUCGAAAAGGGAAAGUUCCAGUCAAAGUAUUUGUGGGAAUCUUUAUGGAGAAGGAUGGAAAUAAUGUUCAUAAUAACGUGAAUGUUAGUUGUGACGAGGUAGAGAAAUUUAAGGUAAAUCUCUCGAAGAAAGGAUUGAAAGAGAGGUAUGGAAGUGAUAAUGGUGGGAAAGAGGAUAGGAAUUCAUAUGGGAAUUGCUUGCCUUUUGAUUUGGCGUUAUCCUUUUUGAUUAAUGGUUUUGUACAGGCCUUCCCAAGACCGUUGAAGUCUGUGAAAAAGCGGGUUCAGAAGAUGAAUAAUGAGGAUACUUUUGUUUGUGAUGAUUCACAUAUCAAAGUUGAAGUGAAGCCGAGGGCUACAUGUGGAAUUAAGAAGGAGCAAUUGAAGGCUAAAGAAGGGAAAGAUUUGCCAUUUGAGUAUUUUAUAGGAUUUGUGGUUGAUCAGUUGAAUCACUUGCCAAAGUUUGAUGUGGGUGUUCAAGAAAAUGAGUGCAAUAAUGCAGAGUGUAAACCUUCAACGGCCCCUGUUAAUCAGUUUGACCACUUAAAGGCACUUUUCAGUAUUUUAGAAGGUAAAAGAGCAGAUGUGAAUGGAUUUUUGGGGAAUUUGAAGUUUGCUCGCGUGGGAGGAGUGCCAUCAGGUAUUGUUGAGGUGCCUUCGGUGAAAGAUGUGGGAGAUGAGGGAAUUAGUAAUGCUGUUAAUCAGGAAGAAAGUGGAGGCAAUUCGCCACAAAAAUUGGGCAAUGGAUUGCUAAGUAUUCCACUGUCCAAUGUCGAGCGUUUGAGAUCGACCCUGUCAACUGUAUCAUUGACGGAAUUGAUCGAGCUUUUACCACAAAUAGGGAGACCUUCAAAGGAAGACCAUCCUGACAAGAAGAAACUUUUCUCUGUCCAGGACUUUUUCAGAUACACAGAAGCUGAAGGAAAGAGAUUCUUCCUGGAGUUGGACAGAGAUGGUGAUGGACAAGUUACUCUGGAAGAUCUUGAAGUUGCCAUGAGAAAGAGGAAACUACCUAAGAGAUAUGCUCAUGAAUUCAUGCGCCGUACUAGGAGUCACUUGUUCUCGCGUUCUUUUGGUUGGAAACAGUUCUUAUCCUUGAUGGAACAGAAAGAACCAACCAUUCUUCGGGCUUAUACCAGUCUCUGUUUGAGCAAGUCUGGGACACUACAGAAAAGUGAAAUCUUGGCAUCCCUGCAGAAUGCAGGACUUCCUGCCAAUGAAGAUAAUGCUGUGGCAAUGAUGCGGUUUCUGAAUGCUGACACUGAGGAAUCUAUAUCUUAUGGGCAUUUCCGGAAUUUCAUGCUUUUGCUCCCAUCGGACCGACUUCAAGAAGAUCCACGAAGUAUCUGGUUUGAAGCUGCUACUGUGGUUGCUGUUCCUCCAUCUGUGGAGAUACCUACUGGCAGUGUUCUAAAAUCUGCAUUGGCUGGAGGUCUAUCCUGUGCGUUGUCUACAGCUUUAUUGCAUCCUGUUGAUACAGUUAAGACACGAGUGCAAGCUUCAACCCUCACCUUCCCGGAGAUUUUAUCCAAGCUUCCUCAACUUGGAACACGUGGAUUAUAUAGGGGUUCCAUUCCCGCAUUUAAUUAUUGGUGCAGUCAUGGUCUCCGAACUGGAAUUUUUGAAGCAAGCAAGCUUGUGUUGAUAAAUGUUGCACCAACACUUCCGGAAUUACAGGUUCAAACUGUGGCAUCAUUCUGUAGCACUUUUCUCGGAACAGCAGUAAGAAUUCCAUGCGAAGUAUUGAAGCAAAGAUUACAAGCUGGUCUAUUUGAAAAUGUGGGGGAAGCUAUUCUUGGAACUUGGCAGCAAGAUGGUCUACGGGGUUUUUUCCGUGGGACUGGUGCCACUCUCUGCCGGGAAGUUCCAUUCUAUGUUGCGGGCAUGGGUCUUUAUGCUGAGUCCAAGAAGGCAGCCCAGCAAUUUCUGGGACGGGAGCUAGAACCUUGGGAAGCCAUUUCUGUUGGGGCUUUAUCUGGUGGACUGGCAGCUGUCUUGACAACACCAUUCGAUGUCAUGAAGACGAGAAUGAUGACGGCUCCUCAGGGACACCAAGUAACAUUGUCAAUGGUAGCAUUCUCUAUUCUUCGUCGUGAAGGGCCUCUUGGACUAUUCAAAGGAGCCGUUCCCCGUUUCUUCUGGAUCGCUCCAUUAGGUGCCAUGAAUUUUGCUGGCUACGAGCUUGCAAGGAAGGCAAUGAACAAAAGUGAGGAAACCGGUGAGCCCCUCGUGCAGAAAUAGAUAGCCAGCUCUGUCCCUUUCUCCGAGGUGACAAAUCGAGUACCACUUUUAGCACCCUUUGUUUUGUAAUCUGAAAUCUGCCCGCAGGGAGAAAAAAAUUUUGAGCUGUUCUCCAGAUACAGCAUCUGAUAUACCCCAUCUAUUCGUCGACGAUUCCUUCUCUCUUGGCUACUGUUUUGAUAUGUUUUUUCAGGUUUACUUGUUAUGAAAUGCUAGUCUCUUAACAUGGAUUCAUUGUUAAAGUACAUGCUUACUGGUUUUUUCUUGGAACUAACUAAUUUGUGUUU